AUGGUACAAACAAAAAAAUAUUGUAAGGUCAUUAAAAUUUUUUUAUUUGCCCUUUUGAUAUGGAAGUGUCAGAACUUCUAUGAAGCAAAUACUUACGGCAAAUCAUGUAUAAAAAGGUGCAUCCUGGAUAAUGCAUUAGAUCUAAGGGUAAAUAGAUUACUAUAUGAUGAAACAGAUGUAGAAUUAGAACGAAAAUAUGUGUCUUUAAAAAAAAAAGCAGAGAAAAUAGUUAAUGAAGAUGAAUACAAUUUUGGAAAUAGAUUAAAUAAAUUAAUGAAAAUUUGUGAUUUAGCAAAAGAAUACAAUAUGUUAUUGUAUAAUCGCGAUGCUGAAAAAUCAUGUAGCUCACUAACUUCUAAAGAUAAUUUUGAUAAAUCCCGUGAUUCAUUAAUAUAUGAUAAUUAUAUUCAGUAUAAACAUCUAAGAGAAUCAUUAAUAAUGGAUAAAUAUAUGCCAAAAAGAACAAAUAUAUUUUCUUCGUAUUAUAAGAAGUUUAAGAAAUUGGAUAAAAAAUUUGACGGAACAAUUGCAAAAUUAUUAGGGUUAAGGCCAGGUUUUGAAUUAGGAAUUAAAUUAGGUUUUGAAGCAAAAUUGUCGAAUUAG